CAACACCAUGGCGAAAGCGACGUCAACCGUGUGUGGAUAAAUUUUUGUUUUUAUCAAAAACCUAUUGUUUUAUGUUAGUUUCUAAGUGAAAAGACAAUAUCAAAAGUUACAAAAAGUGUGAGUUAUUUAUCUAGUGCAAAGUAUAUUGGACAAAAGUUCAAAGUUUGGUGAUAAAAGUUGUAACGAACUCCGGGGAUCAGUUGAGAAUUCAGGUGUCAACGAGGAUGGUCUUCUCCUCAUACACGGCACCGUUCAGCUAAAAGUUUAUAAGAUAUAAUCAUCAAAAAAUUGGCACCACAAAGACAACAUGCAGCGGCAGUAAGCUGCUAAGUAGGUCGUGUCUCGCCAUGCAGCGCGCGGGUGGGAGCAGGGCCUUUGCGCCAUGAGCCAUACUCCUGUAGGCGGCCACCCGCAAGGUUGGGAACACAAGCUUGCUGACAGGUCGUCGCUGCCGCCGGCGCCAGGGGAGGAGAAGAGACAAUCUCAGACCAGACAUGUGUUCACACACGCACAUCUCACCAAAGCGGCCCCGUGUGUGGGCGGCGUUGCGUCGCGGCGCUCGGAGACGGAAGGCUCGUCCGGCAGCUCGGGACGAUCCCCGGAGGAACCGCCCUACGCCAGGUGGGCGAGGACACUGCAUCAUCUGCUCGAGGAUGGAGAGGGCGUGCGUCUGUUCCGCAAGUUCGUGUGCGGCGCGGGCGGGCUGCACGUGGACCGCCUCAACUUCUACUUCGCCGUUCAGGGCCUGCGCCAGGAGACCGAGCCCAGCAAGAUACGGACCGUCGUCUCCGCCAUAUACAAGUUCCUCCGCAAGUCUCAGCUAGCGAUGCCCGAGGAGCUGAAGCAGCGCGUCAAGCAGAGCCUCAAGGACGGCUCCAACAUAGAGAAGACCAUCUUCGAUAACAUGGAACAGGAGGUGACCCGCGCCAUCACUGAGUCUACGUACCAGUCGUUCCUGCGGUCGGAGGCCUACGUGUCGUACGUGAGUGCGGCCACUCAGCCGCUGUCCUCACCUGACGCCUCGCCGACGCACUCCAGAGAACUAUGUGUGGGCACUCUGGCCACUUUACACGAGGGCCAGGAGUUAUCAGGCGGCGCCUGUCCGUCCGUGGGCGCCAGGCUCACCCACGACGCUCUGCUCGCCACACAAUCCCGACGACUACAGUCAGACGUCGCUCCGCACCGCAAGCGGUCCGUGUACAGCGCGCACGUGUCGUACGCGGGGUACACGCCCGCCUCGCGCCAGGACUCGGAGCGGGCCAGCCUCAGCAGCGGGCGGACGGACAGCGACGCGGUGUCUCUCUCCGGCAGCAGUCUUGACGGCAUGUCCCUCCGCGGGUCCCGUGAAGCCCGCGAGUCCCGCCACCGGCCGCGGCUGUACGGCCUCGACCGACACGCCGUCAUCAACAAGGAACAAGACACCGCCAUGAUGAUCCCUCGCACGCAGCGUGUGCAGUCGGAGCAGCUCCGAGUGCUGCCGCCGCACGAGUUCGCACCGCUACUGAUAGAGAAGCUGGAGCGAGUUAGGAGAGAUCAGGACAACAAAGAGAGACUGGAGAGGAGACUCGCUGAGGGCGAAGGCGACGAGCUGUGUGCACAGGCUCUACCGCCACAGCUGGUGGCCGCCGCCAUCAGGGAGAAGCUACAACUGGAGGACGACAACGAUCAGGAUAUACUGGAUCAGCACGUGUCUCGUGUGUGGUCGGAGCGCACGCCCGACACGUCCCCGCCGGGAGGGAGGCGCACUCGCGGCCGCCACGGGCCUCACGGCCACGGGUCGCGCAGGGCGGCCUCGGCCCUGUCCGCCGACUCGGGACACUAUGACGCGCCCCCGGACUCCCUACACCAUCCCCACUCCUUGAUACGCAGAUCAUUCUCGAAGAAGACGGUGACGGAGCUGACGGACAGCGGGGUGUCGGUGGUGAGCGAGGGGGCGGCCAGUGUGGAGCCGCGCCUGCUGCUGUGGAUAGCGGAGGGCUCGGAGAGGGCGGAGAGGCGGCUCAGGGACCUGUCCUCUCGGGGCUCCUCCGCCGACAGGGAAGACCACCGCCGCCGGGACAAGACACAGGCGCGGACACGUACUGGCGCCACUACCGGCAGUACGGGCAGCAAGUCCAGCGGCAGCGGUACAGCUACAGGCGCCGCGAGUGGAGCUGGCACCGAGCACACCGUGGUCGUGGUUAACUUCCUGGACGAGAGUGUCCCUUACAGAUUCAAGGUGCCCGCCUCGCCGCUCACCCUGCGCACGUUUAAGGAAUAUCUGCCCAGGAAGGGAAACUAUAGAUACUUCUUCAAGACGGAGUGCGCGGACCUCGACAACACGGUCAUACAGGAGGAGGUGAGCAGCGACGGAGACACGCUGCCCAUGUACGAGGGGAAGGUCAUGGCCAGGGUCAAGAGCAUCGAGUGAACGCCCGUGCAGCUCACACCACGAGGAUACAGCGGGCGGACUACUAUAUAUACUAACGACGAUGUGCAUGCUCUAGCAUCACCCUGUAUCUGAGACAUUGUUUUGAGGAAUGACUCUUAGAUAAGCACAGACUGUCGCCCGGCCGCCGGCGCGGUGCUGCGGCGAAAUGAGUAGGGGAGUAGUCGGCUCGGGCCGAGUUUUAAGAUUUCUAUGAACAGAUUGUCGAAUGUAACUAUAAUAAACUAAAUCCUUCCAGAAGCCAAGGUUCAGGCGGCGGUCAGGCGCGGCGGCCGGCGCCGGCUCGGGUAUAUUGUAAAUUAUUUAUUAUAAUAAUAUUAAUAACUGUGACACUGAACGUCGUAACGACUAUACGAUACGUUCGCCGUAAAGAAAAUUCUGUUCCUCGACGAUAUAAGCUUCUAAUUAUUAUUAUUAUUAUUAUUGUAUAUUUUUUUAAUGAAUCGGUUGGAUGCGCUGACGGCUGUAUCAUAUAUUGUUGAAGCGACUUUUACUAGCUUAUGGACUUCUUUACUCCGAACCUUCUGCGGACGACUGCUUAGUUUGUACACUAUAGAUAUAUAUCAUAGGGUUAUACGAGGUGUUCCGUUUCCAGUCUGCGUUGAGAGCGAUCCUUGGCGUGUCUACAACGUGUGUAACAAUUUCUCGCAGAAGAUGCUGCAUAUUUUGAUCUUUUAUUGAUUUCUGUUUAUUGACGAGUCCAUAAUUUUAUACACUACAUGAGUUAUUACGCCGAUAUGAGUGUCUUCCGCGUUGAAUUGUCUCUCGACCGUUCCGUGACAGGAUCCCUUCGUUGAUAACAAUAGGCUGCUGUGAACUGGACACUGAUAUACGCAUUGUACAGCCGUGGAUAGGUCACUAGUAUAUAGUGAACGAAUAUUUUUUUUAUUUAUACGAGUCACUGUAUCGGACACUCGCAGUUUCAACUCACUAGACGCAUGAAACGUUCACUUACCAGACCGCAAACACAUCGUUUAGGAGCUUGAGACUGCUGUGCGCCGGCUGUGUCGUUACUAUGUCCAGACUGAUCCCCUAUGUAUCGCUCAGUGACCAGCCCGUCCGAGCCGCGCGGCCGGCGCCCGCACGCCGCGCGGCUCGCGACGUUCCGUCGCAGUCCUUAUUCCGCUCUAUAUAAGACGUGUUGUCGCGUGUCGCGUCCGGUCCGCGGAGCAGCCAGCGAGACGAGUGCACCUGAUAUUGCACAAUAUUGAUAAUAGGGUGCGUAAUGAUGUGCCUUCAAUGUUAAUAAGUUUUCAUAGUUGAUGCUUCUAAUUAGAUGUAAGUUAACACUUGUACAUAUAGUUAUAGAGCUAAUUCGAUCGGAAUUCAUUAUUUUUUAAUUAUUUAAUUAAUUUUUAAUUUAUUGCGUAAGCCGCGUCGUGGGCGUGUCCCGGCACUCGUACCCACUGCAGGUCGUUUCGUUCGUCUUCCUUCGUACCGAUCGGUGUCGCCUGUCUCUCCUUGGGACUCUCUACGUAAUGUUAGGUUUACGACAUUCGUUGUGGUUUAUUUCGAGGUCUGUUUUUUAUUUUAUGUACAGGGUGUCCGGGAUGUAUUUGUCCAGAAUAAAUUAUAACGACUGGGCCCUCCCGGUCGGGCCAAUUGUAUAAAUAGAUGAAGUGAAUCGUAUUAUAUAUACAAUAAGGCACUUUCAGUACACUGUAGCGUCUAAAAGUACCUUAUCGAGAAUAUUAUCUACCAAAAGGUCCGCGUGGACUCAGAUAUGUGGAAGUUAAAAUUGCUUGUUAUAAAUUGUAAAAAGUAUAAUGUUUUUCAAGUUUAGAGUGUAUACGAACAUUGAAAUAAUCGAUUUGUAAUAAAAUUAUUAAUUCGUAUUGUCUCCAGCGACCGCGUGGUGGUCGGGCCCACCCCCCACCACCCGCCACUCGCCACUCGUCUCAUAGUAAAAAGAGUUUCACUAAUUGGACUGUAUUAUUUUUUUAUCUAGCACAUGUAACAUUUAAAUAAACUGGAACUGUGCCAUAUA